AUGAUGAAUAACCCACCAUUCUUGGGAAAUAACUUUUGUGAUCAAAAUAUUUCACGUGUCCUCAUCCUUUCUGAUGUUGGGGACAAUGCACAGAAGAACCAGGAAGAAAAUAAUCAGAUAAUGAAUAACACAGAUGUCUUGGGGAAUAACAAUGGUACUCAAGAUAUUCCACGUGUCCUUAUCUUUUCUGAUGUUGAAGGGGACAAAGCACAGAACAACCAGGAAGAAAACACUCAGACAACAAAUAACACACAUGUCCUGGGGAAUAACAAUGGUGCUCGAGAUAUUCCAUGUGUUGCACGUGUCCUCAUCAUUUAUAAUGAUGAAAUGAACAGAGCACAGAUCCAACAGGAAGAGAACACUCAGAUGAUGAAUAACCCAGAAGUCUUGGGAAAUAACAACGAUGGUCAAGAUACACCAAGGGUCCUCAUCCAGUCUCAUGAUUCCAGCACAGAAAUAAAACCUGAGACAACAACAUACCCCAGUUCAAUGAAAAGCGAGGAGAAACAAGAAGAUAUUGACUCAGGAUCUCCCUUCAUCACUCCUGGUUAUGGAUUUGUUGGUGAUCCAAAAAGAAAUGUCACGAUUCCUAGAAUGCAUUUGGUGAUCGCACAAAGGAAGCCUCAACCUAAGCAUGCAGCCCGCUACUUGGUUCGCAAUUUGUUCCCCAGGGAAGUCCUGAUUUGCAGCACUGCCAAUACCCAACUGCCAAACUCUAGUGGCCGCCAACCCCUAGAUCCAAAUAUAAUGGCUGCAUUAAGAGAGUAUCUGAUAACUAUCUUUCCCAACCAUGAUUUGCGUGAAUGUGGAAGAGACUGGAGAGCCUGUAUUUCCUAUGUCAAUGCUCUGAUUCGCUACUUAUGUAACGCAGCCAAAAAAAACACAAAAACUGUUCCCACCAAACGCAGUACACCAGCAUCUGUAGAUUUGGAUAUUAAAAGUGAAGAUGAUGCCGAUGAAGGCAGUUCCCAGUUACCUAGGCAAGCAGCUGCCCCAGAAAUAAGUGCAAGUGGAAAUUCUCAGCCAAACAUCAGUGCUGUCUUUGAAGAAUUUGAAGAGCCUUCCGCUAGUGCUUCACUGUCACGUUACAGAACAUUGUGCUAUAUUGGAAAUCCAAAUAGAAAUGUACAGGUGACAUUUUUAGUACUGACCAUAGCAAGAAAGAAGGCUUGCCCACAGAUGGCAGCCAGCUAUCUUCUUAGCCAACUGUUUUCAGAGGAAGUCCUGCUAAACAGUAUCAUCUAUGGCAGUCUGUGGCCUGGUGUAUGUGCCCUUAGCUCCAACAGGAUUAAUGCUAUUCGAGAGUUUCUCCAAGACAACUACCCGGCUUGUGAUCUAUCAGAAGGUGGACGUGAGUGGAAGAUGUGUGUGAAUUCUAUGAAUCAGCAUAUCCACACACUUAAACCUGGACAUGGAAAUUUCCCAUUUCAACCAUCAUCAUCUUCAAACACGAGUUCUUCUUCGUCUAAGUCAGAAUCUGACACUGACUUAAGUGAUCAAAAUACUUGA